UCAUCUCAAACCUCCUAAAGCUUUGCUAAACUAUCCAGGGCAGUUUUCGAGCUUACUACGAGCCAUGAAGCAUUUGUUUUUGGCGGUUUUGGGUUUGCUGUCUCUUCAGUGGGUACACAGCAGGAGCUAUGACAGGACAAACUGCAGGCCAUUUACAGCCAGCUUUUGUCAAGGUGUGGGGUACACCACUAGCCUUCAUCCAACGGGAGUUCAAGGCUACAACCUGCAGCAAAUUGGUCAGAUUGUGGAGACUGCUUGUUCACCGCAUGUUGCCAAACUUAUGUGUCGCAUUGUUGUGCCUGAAUGCAGCUCAGAGGACGAUAGCAGGUUGAAACCAUGCCGAGCUCUCUGUGUACAAGUCAAGGCAGACUGUGAAUCCACCCUCAGAUAUGGAGUGAGCAGCAGCGGUGGGGUCUGUGAGCCAAUCACCAUACCAAUGUGCCAGGGUCUGUCCUACAACCAGACCCUCAUUCCAAAUCUUCUGGGACACACAAGCCAAAGAGAAGCAUUUACGAAGAUGUCCUUCUUCAACUCCAUGGUGCAAACCGUGUGCUCUGUGGACAUACGGGUCUUCCUAUGUCGGGUUUAUGCCCCUCAGUGUGAGGCAGGGCGAGCGCAGUGGCCCUGCAGGUCAUUCUGUGAGAAAGCCAGACGGGACUGUGAGGGACUGAUGUCCAAUUUUGGCAUUUCCUGGCCAGAAGAGCUGCAAUGCAGCUCAUUCCCAGAGGAAACGUGCAUAUCAGAAGAAAAAAGGCCUAAGAUGUUGAAUGCUGAAGAUGUCGCUGCUAAACUGGAGGCUGGUGGCUAUUCUGUUCAUGGAAAAGCUCUUACUCUCAGUACUGCUCGUCUGCUGCUGACUCUCAUGGAUGCAGACCAGUCUGGAGACCUGGAUGUGGUGGAGUUCUUCAAACUGGAGCGUUUUGCGGGCGCUAUCAGGAGAGAAUACGUGGAGAGCUAUGGGAGCCUGAAUCAACCCUCUGUUACUGAGAACCAAAUGAAAAAGGCUUUGGUUGCCCGUGAAUUUCAUUUGGAUGACGAAACCUUCAGAGUUCUGUGGCAGGAAUAUCGCUCAGAGGGUGGGAUCAACUAUGAUAAAUAUGUGGCUGCCCUGACAAAACUUCAGAUCCUCAAAGAUCGUUUCAAAGCCCGUCUGCUAAACUUGCCCUGUGACUGUCAAGUGGCCAGCUUCACCAUGAACCAGUUUAUGAAGACAGCCAUUGUGUGAGGAGCAGAGCUGAACUGACCACAAGAGGACUGUACGUAGGAAAUAGCUGCAUAGCAAUUUAGUGAUGCAGAACUCUGCAAAAUAUAUGUAUGACUGAAAUUUUCUUUAAUGACAAACAUUUAUUUUUAAAUCACAGCAAUAUUAAAGUGACAAUAAACACAGAAAAGAAACAGUUUUCAAUGCCUGAAGUCUGAUUUCAGUGUUAGUUUUAAACGUACUUCUGAAUCACAUACACAUUACCAUUUUGCAAAAUCUUUACAUCCUUACAAUAAAAUAUUGUGAAAAAUGUUCAA